CACAUAUACACUGUUGAUUUUACAGCUUGUUCAGUUUAGUAGGAAAUAUGUCUGGCUAGUUACUGUACAGCCUGAGCCCCAACUCCUUCUUCCCCUCCAAGACUACCCCCUCAAUUGCGGCUUGUUCAAGUCGUGUGUGCGGAUGGAGGUGUAUGUGUGUGUGUGUGUGUGUGGAGGAGGAGGAAGGGGAGGUGUAGAGGAAUGCAGGGUUGGGUCGGGUGGAGCGGGAAGUCAGAGGGAAAAGAGGGGUCUCUAUGUGGGUCUGUAUGUGGACUCUAUAGAGAUUAAAGAUGUGUAUGUGAGCGUAUUGAUGAAAGAGUGUUUUCCUUCUGUGUUUACUCCUCUGGGGCCCGCUGCCUACCUGACAGUGGAGAGGAAAGUGAUGGAGAGGAGUGAUGAACGGAACAAAUCUGUUAAUUUUUUUUAUGUGGUUGCAAUCAGAGAAUCUUUAUCUCACAUUUGUAUGUUUGUGUCAUGUGUUGUGUGGUGAAUUUGAUCUUAAAAUAUAUUAAAGUCUGAGGCUUUAAAAAUCUGUUGGAAGGAUGAGAGAAAAGAUGGAGGAGAGAAAAUAACCAAACAAGUGACAGAAAAAGACAAAAUGUUGCAUAUAAUUCAGAACCACUGAACUGAACUGAGCUGAACUUAAGAAUCCACAAAUUGGCUUGUAUACUUCAGGUUAUACAGAAAUGCAUGCUUAUGCAAAAAUGCACACACACAUCCCAACGUGCAAAGCAGCGGGAACACUGUAGGCUGUGUACGGUGGCUCUCCUUCACUUCCGCACCAUAAAUGUGUGUUUGCUAUACGAGGGAACACGGGGAGAAAAGAGGAAUUCAUGUUGGUGUUUAUUUGAGCUUUGGCCAAAUCCAACCUGGGGCGGCUGCGUUGGCGCGCACUCUGCACCAAACCCCAGCCGCUCCUGUAGCCCCAGCCAGACACACACAUACUGUACACACUCAGGUACUCGAGCGCACACACAACACAAAUUUUACUACUCCCACACACACAUACAUACCUGUCAAUCCUAGCCAUAUCAAGGUGUGUUUGUCUUUCCCUGCCCACCAUUUUAGGUCCUCCCAGAGCAGGUAUUUCCCUCUCUUUCCCACAGACACACACACACAUUUACACACACACACACACACAGCAGCUACAGAGAGGGGCUGUCCGUGGGCUGACUGUGUGAAGUACUUGCAUUGAUAACCUGCAGCUCAGAGUCACUCAGUCUCACUUUGUGGCUGUCCCCCUCGCCUGGAACUCCCUUCGCCUUGCUCUGUCUCCUUUCUGGCUUCUCACUUUAGGACCGUCUGUGGACGCGCUCAGACCCCUGCGUUUACUCGUCACCCCUCUGUCGCUGUCACCAUGACGACUACCCCGCCGUUGUUCCUGCUGCUGCUCGGCCUCAUAGGGGCUCAAGCCACCACCUCUGUGGACCUCCGCACGGCCGCCGCCAUGGCGGCAGGUUUGUGCAAAACCCGCCCCACAGACAUUGUGUUCAUCAUCGACAGCAGUCGGAGCGUUCGCCCUUCAGAGUUUGAGCAGGUCAAGGUCUUCCUGGCUAAGGUCAUUGAGGGGCUGGAUGUUGGACCCAACGCCACCCGUGUGGGAGUUGUCAACUACGCCAGCCGUGUCAAGAACGAGGUGUCUCUGAAGACACACCGCACCAAAGCAGGACUGAUUAAAGCUGUGACCAAGAUCGAGCCCCUGUCCACUGGAACAAUGACCGGUCUGGCCAUCCAGUUUGCCCUGAAUGUGGCCUUCAGUGAGGGCGAGGGCGCUCGUGUAAAAUCUCCUGACAUCAGCAAGGUUGCCAUUAUUGUGACCGAUGGGCGCCCCCAGGACAACGUGAAGGAUGUGGCUGUGCGUGCUCGGGAUGCUGGUAUUGAGAUUUUCGCCAUCGGUGUGGGACGUGUGGACAUGAGCACCCUGAAGCAGAUGGCCAGUGAUCCCCUGGAUGACCAUGUGGACUACGUGGAGAGCUACAGCGUCAUCGAGAAGCUCACCAAGAAGUUCCAGGAAGCCUUCUGUGUGUCGGACCUGUGUGCCACCGGGGAUCAUGACUGCGAGCAGGUAUGCAUCAGCAGCCCCGGAUCAUACAAGUGUGCCUGCAAAGAUGGCUUUACCCUCAUGGACGAUGGUCGCAGCUGCAGUGCUUGCAGCAACUCGGCGACCGAUGUGGUGUUCCUGAUCGAUGGCUCUAAGAGUGUCCGUCCUGAGAACUUUGAGCUGGUCAAGAAGUGGAUAAACCAGAUUGUCGACAAACUGGACGUUUCUGACAGCAAGGCUCACGUUGGACUGGUGCAGUACUCCAGCUCAGUCAGACAGGAGUUCCCCCUGGGCCGCUACAACAACAAGAAAGACCUCAAGGAUGCUGUGAAGAAGAUGGCCUACAUGGAGAGGGGAACCAUGACAGGCCAGGCUCUCCGCUAUCUCACAGAUAACAGCUUCGCCCCCGGUCAGGGUGCCCGGCCUGGAGUUACUAAGGUGGGCAUCGUCUUCACCGAUGGACGCAGCCAGGACUACAUUGGAGAUGCUGCCAAGAAGGCCAAGGAGCACGGUUUUAAGAUGUACGCUGUUGGAGUGGGCAAUGCAGUGGAGGAUGAGCUGAAAGAGAUCGCCUCUGAGCCGACUGGAGAGCACUACUUCUACACUGCUGACUUCAAAACUAUGACCCAGAUCGCCAAGAAGCUGCAGAUUAACAUCUGUCAAGAGGAGGACCCUUGUGAAUGCGACUCCCUCGUAAAGUUCCAAAAGAAAGUAGAAGAUGCCCUACAGGCACUAACAAAAAAAUAUAUCCUUUACAAUGGGUAG